AUGGCCCCCUCGAUCCAGAAAGUCGCCAUCCUAGGCGCCACCGGCUCCGUCGGUUCACCCAUUCUCUCCGCGCUGCUCGCAGAACCCAGCUUCAGCGUAACCAUCAUAACGCGGACGAACUCGUCAGCGAGCUUCCCAGCAGGGGUGCCCGUGAAAAAGAUCUCCGACGCCUUCACCCUCUCAGAACUGACGUCCGUGUUCCGGGGCCACGAUGCCGUCGUCGUGGCGCUCUCGACCGCACCAGUAACAGCAGGCGGAGGAAAAGACGGACUCGCAUUCCGGUUAAUCGACGCGGCCCUCGCUGCGGGAAUCAAACGCUUUAUCCCCAGCGAAUUCGGCGCUAACAACCUCGAUGCACGCGCCCGCGCCCUCGUCCCUACCUACGACAUCAAAAGCAACAUGCUGGCGUACCUGCAGCGCGUCUGCGCCUCGAGCAACGGGUCCAUGACCUGGAGCAGCAUCUGCUGCGGCAGCUGGCUGGACUGGGCACUGGAUCCAACGAAAUCCGGGAAUUUCCUCGGCAUCGACGUGAAGAACCGGAGUGCUACCAUCUUUGAUUCUGGCGCCACCCGCUUUGCUAUUACCACGAGUACCAACACGGGGCUGGCGGUUGCCAAGGUGCUGCUGAACGACGACAUGACGGCCAACAAGCAGAUUUUCCUCUGCGACUUUCUGGCGUGCACGAAUGAGAUUGUUGCUGCGCUGGAGCAACACACUGGAGAAGAGUUUCGUGUGCAGAACAAGGAUAGUAAGGCGGAAAUCAAGGCGCUGCGUGCCAGGUACGAUGCCGGAGAUGCGAAUGCGACGUAUCCGCUGCUGGCGCUGACUUUCGGUGCUGAUGUCGAUGUUGGAUAUGAUUUCCCCGCUGAGCAGGAGGUGUGGAAUGAGAAGCUGGGACUGCCCAAGGCGGCGCUGGGUGAGGUUGUCAAGGAGGCGGUGGAGCUGGCGACGAGGUCUUAGGGGUGUGGUGGCUGAGAAAU